GUUCAAUCUGUUUUGGGUAUGAAGAAAGUAGGGAAAUAAUAACAUUGAGUUCCGUUUUAGAACCAAUUAACUAUAGGAGGGACAAGUCAUGUAUCUUUUAAGCAUUGUGAUGUCUUCUCAUCUUUCCAAUGGGAGAUCCUUGACGUGAUUCCUCAGAACUCGAUUCCUCAGAAUUCAAGGACAGAUGUACGACCUAUAGAACAGAUCCUGUUCAAGUAAGGUCGUCUCGACGUGCUUCCUCAAGAUCUUUAGUCUCACUAUUCUUGUCGUAGCCCAAUUCUGAACUAUAUCUCAUUCGGAUUUUAUGGCCUCUGAUUCCAUUAAAUAAACAUAGGAUUCCAUUUCAAAACCAACUGGUAACGAAAGGAAUUAAUGAAUCUUUUAAAGAUUUUGAGGUGUCUCCAUCUUUUUAAUGUAGAAAAUUCAAUGUUGAUAAACUUUUAAGAGGGUGUUUUGGGGUAAGGAGUAGAAUAUUGAGGAGUAAGGAGUUACGAAGGAGGGAGUUGUGAACUUUUGGGGCCAAUUGUUGAUAAGAUAUAAAAUUUAUGUCUUUUAGUAGUAGGACUAGGACCCAUUGGCCACCAACUCCUUGGGCCAAAUAAGUAAUGGAGUUCACAACUUCUAUUUCCAUACUCCUACUGUCCUACUUUUUAACUUUAUGGGCCAAACAUACCCUAAAUUAAUUCCCACUAUUAGUUUAACUUUAACUUUUCCAAAAUAAAGUUAGAAAAGUUAGUCUGUAUUAGCCUUCUCUCUAUAAAUUUUGGAAAAUUUUGGAACAUAUUCAUAUUGUGUCUUUCUUGAAUGGAAGUUACUAUUAUUAUUAAUUUGUUUUUAUUAAAUUUUAUAAAAAUUAAAGUUAAGUCAUCAAUACAAACUAAUUUGAAGAUUUAUUGAAAGUAGAUGAGUAAAAUGAGAUUUUAAGCUUAUAUAUAAAUUUGUUUAUUUCUCAUGGGCUACAGAAACUUUAUAGAAUUGGUAUUUCACAUCCAAAUAUAAUCUUUAAGAGAUCAAAAUAUUCUCUUCAACUAAGGGGCUGCCUAGGAUAAAUUUGAAAGUUCAAGGACAAAUAUAGGAUUCAAACAUUAUUUGUACGAACAAGAUCAUGUGUAACCCAUUGUAACUUAUCUCUUCUGGAAGUGAAUUAACUGAUUCACAAUAAUGCUAAGGUGUGGUUCACAGUGUCGUCUUGUGAAGUUGAUGCACGUAGAUUAACUAUUAGGACGUGAAGGUGACAUAGACAUGUCAAUAAUGGAAAAGACAAAAUCAGCUCAAUUAGGAUAUAGUCCAUCUGGCACUGCCUCAUCAGGCAAGUUUGUUCCUGUUUCAAGAAGAGUAUAUAAAGUGCUGAAGGAAUAUAAAAAAAAACUUAUUGAUUUUGAAAUCUUUAAUCAGAGCCUUGAGGAUUGGAUUGUGGAGAAUACUUCAUGCCAUUCUGCAGACGAGGAACCAAAUUUUCCUUCACCAUUUCCAAUUGAUGAAAUUCACGAGUUUGACCUGGCUCUUGAAGGAGUUUUGUUUCAGCAACUGUUCCGUAUGCCAUGUUCACCCUUCUCCGAUGAUCUAAUUGAAGAUGAGUUCCUUGCACUUGAAGACUUCUUUCAUGCUAUUAUCAACGGUUUAUGGCGCACAUUUUGGCAUAAGAGUAGACCAUUGCCGUUCUUUGUAUCCUGCCCCCGUAACUUGGGAUCAAAAUUCUAUACUGUGGAAAAGGCAAUAUCAAGGGGAAAGGUGGGAGAACUACAAGGCUUGGGCUUGAUUUCUAGAGCUGGAGAUGAGCUGCACGCACGUUGGGAUCAAGUGGUGCAGUUUGCUUUAUUCAAGCCUAGCAUACUAUCAGAAGACGGGCUGAAGUUAUCAGCUCGUGUUGUUUGUGAAGCUCUCUUUUACGGUUUACAUUUACUUAUUUCAAGGAGUUUAAGCAAAAUCAGUACUAUCAGAAACUAUGAUUCUGUUUUUGUUUUGAUAUUGGAUUCAAAAUAUGGUGGUGUAAUAAAACUCGGUGGAGAUCUUAGCCAACUUGACAUUAACUCAGCUAACCCAUACCAAUCUGCAGUUGACUGGAUGAGAAAUUAUGCUGAAGUAUGUGUUUCACCAGUCGAUCGUAUAUGGAACAAGCUUGGAAAUGCAAACUGGAGAGACUUGGGAACUUUACAAAUCCUUUUGGCAACUUUCUACUCCAUAAUCCAGUGGCAUGGUCUGCCAAGGCAUUCGAUUACAUCUGUAGCUUCAGACCAUGGUUUGCGGUUACAGAAGCGUUGGAUGGAGUGUCGAGUUUCGGAAAAUGAAAAUACAGUAGUUCCUUUUGAACAGUCUAAUGGUCAUGCUGGAGAGAUUGUUGAACUCGAGCAGAUGGAUAUCCAUGUGUACAAGAACCAAGCAUCACGUUUGAAGCUUCGUCCUGGGGAAAUACUCAUAGUUGAUGAUCAAAGACAAGGACAGAAAAGCUUUCAGGUGCAGGGAUCCUUGGUAGGUGUUAUUAACCGUUGUCUAUACACUGCUGUUUCGAUCGAUCAUCCUGCAGAGUUGUUGACACUUUACGUCGGAGCACAUGUGUCGAAUCUCGAGCAGUCCUGGGAAGAUAUGAGUCUUUGGUAUCAGGUACAGAGACAAACAAAAGUACUGAACAUCUUAAAGUCACAAGGAAUUUCUAGCAAAUAUUUACCUGAAAUAAUUGCCUCUGGCCGAAUCUUACAUAAUGGUCCCUGUAAGAAGGAGACCCCAGGGGGACGAUGUGAUCAUCCCUGGUGUGGGACGCCGGUGCUUUUGACAUCACCAGUUGGAGAGCAGCUUUCGUGGAUAGUUGCUCGGGAUGGCCGUUUCUCUUCAGAAGAGGCACUUCGUUGUUGCAGGGACUGUCUAGCUGCUCUAAGAAGUGCAUCUCUAGCUAGUGUCCAACAUGGUGAUAUCUGCCCUGAGAAUAUAAUACGUGUUAGUGUGCACGAAUCAAGAAGUAGUUACUCAUACAUUCCGAUAUCUUGGGGACGUGCUGUUUUAGAAGACCGGGAUAGCCCAGCUGUGAAUUUACAAUUUUCAUCCUCCCAUGCUCUCCAGCAUGGGAAACUUUGUCCAUCCUCAGAUGCUGAGAGCCUCAUUUAUCUCCUCUAUUUUAUUUGCGGCGGAUCAAUGGAGCAACAAGACUCCAUAGAAUCUGCAUUGCAAUGGAGGGAAACCAGCUGGGCAAAGCGAAUAAUUCAGCAGGAGUUGGGCGAGGUUUCAGCCCUGUUGAAAGCAUUUGCUGAUUAUGUGGAUAGCCUUUGUGGAACACCAUACACAGUCGACUACGAAAUAUGGUUGAAGAGAUUGAGCAAGGCAGUUGAUGGGUCGUCGGAUAGAGGCAAAUCAGUUGACGAGGUUGAUAUAACAUCAAAGUUGGAAGAUGUGGCUGAGUCUUCAGGAAUAUCAGGAGCUGGUGCUUAAGUUACAUCCUGUUGGUUGAGGCUGAUGAAUUCAGGUUGUUUAUUACAUUACAUUGCUAAGGUUUGAGUGGGGAUUCAUUUUUUUCUUCUUUUCUUUAAAAAAAAUGAGAGAUGAAAUGUAUGAAUUUUACCAUAUUCCUCCUCCUGAAGAAUAUGAUUUUGUGAAGUAGGCUGCCAUUGCAAUUGUUUGUUACCACUGUAAAUGCACAACGUAUGCUCAAAAUUUAUGAAAUCAUGUUUAUGUUUGUUUUUA